AGAUAAGCAUUUGAUAUCAAAAUGGAGUCAGUUGCCCAUCCACUUGUGUCCAUUAUCUCUGAGAAACUCAUCAAGCCAUCUUCUCCAACUUGUCCUACUAAAAGAUGGCACAAACUUUCUUUAAUUGAUCAAGCUUUUAGCAACACUUACAUUCCAUUUUCCCUUUUCUACACCAAAGAUAAUGCUAUCUCAAACACUAGUCAAAUAUCUCAACUUCUUGAGGAAUCUUUAUCCAAAAUAUUGUCCACUUAUUAUCCAUAUGCAGGAAGGCUUAAAGAUAAUACUACAAUUGAUUGUAAUGACGCGGGGGCUGAAUUCAUUCAAGUUCAAAUUGAUUGCCUCAUAUCAGAAACUCUUAACUGGCAUAAUACAGCUAUAGAAGAUUUGCUAUUUCCUCAAGGUUUGCCUUGGUCAAAUUGCGCAAGCCGUGGACUAAUUGUAGUUCAACUUACUUAUUUUAAUUGUGGAGGAAUCGCUAUAAGUAUGUGUAUAUCACAUAAGAUAGGAGAUGGAUGCAGUGGUUACAAUUUUUUUCGUGAUUGGUCUCACAUAACUUCCCAUCCAAAUAAUUUCUCCAUACCAUCUCUCCACUAUGUUGAACAAUCUGUUUUUCCUCCACCUUCAAGUGGUCCUUUUCUAUCCCCAUUAUUCAUGUCAAACAAACAUGAUUGUGUCCAAAGAAGGUACAUUUUCUCUAAUCAGAAAUUACUUAACCUUAAGAACACGGUUGCUGCUGAAUCAGAGGUGCAAAAUCCAACACGUACUGAAGUUGUGAGUGCACUUAUCUUUAAAUGUGCUGUUAGAGCAGCAAAGGCAAACUCAGGGAUUUUCCAACCAUCAUCAAUGGUUCAAGCAGUUGAUUUGCGAGCACAAGUUGGUUUGCCUCCAAAUGCUAUUGGAAAUAUUCUUACCAUAUGUCCAACAUCAAUAAUAACUAAUAACGAAGAAUCUAUAACAAUAUCAAAAUUGGUCAGUGAAAUGAGGAAAUCUAAAGAGCUAGUUUACAAAAGAGAUAACGUCAACGACAACAUGUUUGUUGCCUUGCUACUCGAACUAGCAAAAUCAAAACAGGAAUAUCAUGAAAAUGGUCCUAAUGCGUAUCAAAUUACUAGUUUGGUGAAAUUUGCUCUUCAUGAAAUCGAUUUUGGAUGGGGGAAGCCUACAAAGGUGAGUAUAGCAAAUGGACUAAAUAACAAGUUGGCUAUCUUGAUGGGUAACCAAACUGGUGGAAUCGAUGCAUUUGUGACGCUUACUGAGCAGGAUAUGUCCGUAUUUCAACAUGACACUGAGCUUCUUGAGUUUGCUUCUUUAGUUCCAAGCUGUUAGAUGUUUUACAUAUAUUUUGUGUGUUGAGUAUGUCUCUGAUGAUGACAAAUAAAAUAUGCUCGUAUUAAGUUGUACGUCAAUGUACUUUUAUUCAGAGUUUUUGAGGA